AUGGACCCCAACAACCCCCUCAGGUUCCAAAACCUGCCCUUUGACAUUCACUUUGAAGUAGCAAAGCAACUCGACUACCCAGGAAUCGUCAAUCUUGCUUCUACAAACCGCUUCUUUCACCAGAUUCUCGACCCCAUCGCCAUCCUCUCUAGGUCUGAAGUCGCCGACUUUUGCGAGAACCAGGAUCGUCACUUUCGAGAGAUUGGAAAGGAACUAUUCGCUUGCUACAAAUGCUUUCGCUUCCUUCCGAAGAAAAAGUUUGGACGGCCUGCUUCGUUUGGUCGGGAUGCGUGGCAGAAUCGCUUUUGUCUUGACUGUUCUGGCAAGUUGAAGCGAUAUAAGCACGGCAAGGGUGUAUGGAACGGGACGAAAGAUGUCAAGUACUACUUUUGUCACAACUGCUGUCGAUAUCAGACAAAGUCUACGAAAUGCCAAGGCAAUCUUCUCGAUGAGAGUUCUACCGACGACGAGGUUGCUGAGGCCUUGGCCCUCUGCACCAAGUCUCCUCGACGAGAAUGCCAAGGCCUGGAAAAACUCCCAACACACAUCAUGUUCAACAUUGCUUCUUUCCUGGACUUUCAAGAUGUUCUCCGUCUUGCCCAAGCUAGUUGCAACCUAAACGACAUUGUCAAGCCAAACACCUGGGUCUCUCUACCUACCCGCUACCGCUUCGUCCGGGACAAGUGGGAAAAGGAAGUGGAAGACAUGGAUUUCGCCAAAAUGGUGGAUUUUCCCUGCUACAUGUGCUUCCGCAUCCGCCCCAAGGAAAAGUUCCCCUGGAAGCAGCUUGAGAUGGCCGAGAAGGAACCAGACACGGCGUGGAAGAUGCGUUGCCAGCGGUGUGUAGCCCUAAUGGGUUGCAGCAACAAGAGUCUGACGCGUAUUGAGCACCGACGACGAGAAAUGUGCCAAGUUUGCUAUUGCAUCAAGCAUACGAGGCAACCGUGUGGCGGGUGCAUGGAACUCUACGUCCAGGGAGACCUCGAUCGUGAGGCUGUGAAUCCAGAGGAGGAAGACAUUCUCGAUGGACUUGAAAUGGUAUUCGACGAAGAUAGAUUCGCUAGGGAGGCGAGGGAAGCGAAGGCGUUUAGGGAGACGUGUUUUGUCUGGGAGGAGUACGGCGCUUGGGGCGAUAUGUGUUGA